AUGAGAUUUUAAGAAUUCAAGAUAUUCCUGAGACCUAAACAAAAACUCAUUCAAAAAGUCAAUGAGUAUUAUUAAGACCACUCAAAUGAGCGAGUAGAGCUAGGGUGUUAUUAUAUGGAUGAACAAAAAAUUGAUUAAGCUUUAAGUGAUUUCAGUUAAGCAAUUGAUAUCAAUCCAAAAUAUAGUUCAGCCUUUUAUGAUAGAGGUAAAUUCUAUUAAACUCAAUAUACUAGCAAUUUUAUAUGAUAAUAUAACAGACAAAGCAUUAAAUGAUUAUAAUCAAGCAUUCGAAUUAGAUGAAAAAAAUUUUAACGCCUCUCAUCCAAAAGGUUUUAUCCCCAUAAAAGAAUUUUAGGUCUAAUUUUAUAGGAUUUGA